UAGCUCUCGGGCUAUUUAUAAAUAUAAAUAGGAUGUUUGGGGUGUUUUGUAGUCUCUGGUCGAUUGUGUUGUAGCGCGGUGAAUUUGUUUAUUAGUUAACGAAGAUGAAUGGUUCGUUGUCGAAGUUAUGUGACGGCGAAGACCAGUCGUAUAUACAAGCUUUACAAAAGAUGAUGCACGCUGAUGGCGAUAGUCCAAGACCUCUUGAAUGCUCUGCAGCUCACAUAGAAAAAGUAUUGUACCAGCAAAUGAAGUCCCUCUUAAAUCAAGCAAAUGAAGUUGCUAAAAUGAGAGGAGCAAAAUCAAUUGAAGCAAUUGAUUUUCUUUUCUUAAUGCGAAAGAAUAGAGUGAAAGUCCGUCGAUUACUUGAUUAUUUUGCUGUGAAGGAUGCUAGAAGCAUAUUUAAUGCAGAAGCUCUCAAAGCUGACCAACCUAUUCAGAAAUCGUGCAUUCUACAAAAGUGUUUAAAAGUAUUGAGAAAGAUUGAUAUUACUGGAGAACUGACAGACAGAAGGAUUAAAUUGUUUGAUGAAGCCAAAAACAGGAGACGACUUCGUGCUGAACUUGUGUCUCGGUUAUUAAAUGAGAAGAGAUACUUAGAAUAUGCAGCUGCUCGUACAGUGUCCUUCACAUUUGCACCAAAGAAGAGUGGUUUUAGGCUUAAUAUGUGGCUUCUUUCAAAGGGUGAAAAACUUCCAAGAUUGCCAAAGGAAAAGUCGCUUGGGUGUCAAAUACUCUGUUAUUUGGCUCGAGAAACUGUGUCUCAAAUAAUGGACCUUACCUUUCUAGCCAGAGAAGAUAUGACAAUUACACGUGAUCCAGUUAACAAAAAUUAUCCAGCACUGUUUGGACCAAAUCUGCCUCAAUUUCCUAUGGAAGGAGUAGAGAAGAUUUAUGGCAUAACACCAGUAAUUCCGUCAGAGAUUGAAGCGGCUUUAGCACGUUAUUGGUCUCCGUGUUUCUAUCCAUUCAGUACAUUUUCUCGAAAUGUGGGACCCCAAGUCCAUAAAAGGCUUCUAGCAUGCUGAUGGAAGGAAAAAAAAAGCAUACAGUUGAUACUCCAUCUUUUUCAGAUAUUGUCUUUAGGUUUCACGUGACUUACCGACAUGUUGACUGACUUUGUACUGAUUGGUACUUUAAAACAAGUUGAAAAUGAUAUGUAAGUUGUACAGUGUAAUUAGGUAAUUUAUUUUAUUUCUGCUGUUUUUGUAAGUAAUUGCAUUAUAAAUGCUUACAUAGAAAAAGGUAAA